CCAGCCUUUCAGCCGGCAGCAGCUAAUGAGUCUUUGUGUGGCUAGGGUGAAUAGGAGAGAGAGGGGGAGGUAGAGAGGAAGGGACAGGGAGAGUUAAAGAGAGAGCGCCUAUCUUCAUUUAACAAUAAAGCAUAUGGUACCGGCAGUGGCAGUCAGGGUUGAGAAAUGUACAAGUCUCUCUGUGUCUCGCCCUAUCUCUCCCUCUCAGCCGGCUCUCAUGCCCUCAGAGUAGCAGGGUUGCAGCAAGUCAGUGGACUAAAGCAAACUGGAAGCCCUUCAUUUAUCAUGUUUCACCUCUUUUUGAGUGCUUCAUUUAGAUUUUGCUCCCAAGUCUCACUGUGAGAAGGGGGUCAAAGGAGUCGGAACACGCCAGUGGACACAGGUGCAGGGACGGAGACAGAGAGGAGGGCCAUGAGCGGAAUACUGAAGAGGAGGUUUGAGGAGGUGGAGGCGUCCUCCUCACCAUGCUCCUCCUUGAGGGAGUCUGAUGACGAGGUCUCCUGCAGCGAAAGCGGGGACAGCAGUGACAGUGUCAACCCCUCAGCAUCGGGCACCUUCACCCCUGAUUCCAUACUGAAGAGGGAGAAGCGUGUGAGGACGAGGAGGGUGCAUUUUGAGAAUGUGACGGUGUACUACUUCAGCCGGCGCCAGGGUUUCACCAGUGUGCCCAGUCAGGGAGGCAGUACUCUGGGCAUGUCCAACAGACACAGCUGUGUCAGGCAGUACUCCCUGGGAGAGUUUGCCCUGGAGCAGGAGAGGAUCCACAGAGACAUGCUCCGAGACCAUCUGAAGGAGGAAAAAAUCAACUCCAUAAAACUCAAGCUGACUAAGAACGGUACAGUGGAGUCGGAGGAGGCCAACACACUCACGGCUGAGGACAUCUCUGACGAUGACAUUGAUCUGGACAACACCGAGGUGGACGAGUACUUCUUCCUCCAGCCCCUCACCACGAAGAAGCGCCGGGCUCUGCUGCGGACCUCGGGGGUGAAGAAGAUUGACGUGGAGGAGAAGCACGAGCUGCGGGCCAUCCGAUUGUCCAGGGAGGACUGUGGCUGCGACUGCAGAGUGUUCUGUGACCCAGAGACCUGUGCGUGCUGCGUAGCAGGAAUCAAGUGCCAGGUAGACCGCAUGUCUUUUCCCUGUGGCUGUACCAAGGAGGGGUGUAGCAACGCGGCCGGCCGGGUGGAAUUUAACCCCAUCCGUGUACGGACCCACUUCCUGCACACCAUCAUGAAGCUAGAGCUGGAGAAGAGCGAGCAGCAGCAGGCCUCCCCUGCCAAUGGUUACCAUGGCGAAAGCAACGGCCACAGCCACGGCAACCCGCUGGUCCAGACCCAACACAGUCUGGAAUACUCUCUGUCAGACCCAACACUUCAACAGUCUGCCAUCAUGCACCUCCAGACACCUGACGACAUGGAAGAGCCUCUAGAUGAUGAAGAUGAGGAUGAGGAGGACGAAGAGGACAACAGCAGUUUAUGCAGCGGACUGUCUGAUACCAGCACUCAGAGCUUGGCUAACAGUGACUCUGAGGAAGAGGAGGAUGAUGAGGAGGAGAAGUCGAAGGACUUUGAGGAUGGUGUGGGCACACCACCUGUGUCCCACACAGAGGUUGUCCCCCUGUCCUCUGUGUUGUGUUACUCUGACGGCACCGUGCCACAGGACAACCACAUUGACAAGCAUAUGAAUGGAAACUCUUAUUUACUCAGCUCCCCAGCCAAGUAUUAUCAGCAGGAGAACCCCAGUGCUGUUGCUUCUGCCAAUGGGGCGGUCAGCCAACCCAGUGAAAUUUACGGAGAGGCCUUAUCAUUCCCACACCCAGUUAGCACUAGCAACGGGGCCAUGCCACAAGGACCAUUCAACAUGGCCGCCGACAUGACAGAGCAGUACACAGACUACCCCCACCAGGCUGAGGAACAGUACACCAAUAAACACUUCACCCUGACCAACGGCAGAGCAGCAACCACUGCCAUGGGCUGCUGCACACCUGACCUGGAAAACAACAUGGUCCAAUCUAAAGGAACAUUCCCUGAGCAGCCUGGGGGCCUCUGCCAGAUGGAGUUCCACAACAACUACCUGAACAAUAAGAGCUCCCAGGAAGUCUACGGUAGUAAUGGGAAGUGUUUUGUGGCAGAGCAGCCAAAGGAAGUGUCUAAUGGUAAUGGUUUGUCUGAAGGGCCUUCUCUAGCCGACAGUACAAAGACCCCUGCAUUAGCAGAGAAUCUCCCCCAGGUCGCACCAGUUUAGUGGGCCUAGCUCACCUGUCUGUAGAAUUCAUGUUGUGUCUUUUCUUAGUGAACAACCCACUGGGCACAGACGUCAGUUCAACGUCAACUAAUGUGAAUUCAACGUGAAAUCAACAACAAAUGUAACCAUGUCAUUGGAUUUAGGUUCAAAGCUGGGUGAAAAAAGACGAAAUGCCCUUACAUUGAUUAUUUUGUGCAAAUCCAAUCAGUUUUCGACAUUGAGUCAUCGCAUUGAUUUUUGGGUUGAAAUGAUGUGGAAACAACGUUGAUUCAACCAGUUUUUGGCCAGUGGGAAUACUGACCAAGUGUUAUUUAUGCAGAAGAUAUUCAUGGUCUUUAAUGGGAACUAAACUUUCCAAGUCAUUUGAAAGACCAUACAUUAUAUUAACAUUAAUUAGCUACAGGUUCCAUGAUGAGAAACAUUUCUAAUGAACCCCCUGAUUUCUAGAAUUCUAAACUGCAAGAUGAAAUCAGUAAACAAAAACUGAAAGCUGGAAGCCUGUGCAAUGUAUCUUGUAAUUUUAAAGGUAAAGUUUUAAGCAUAUAUUGUGAAUGGAACUUUUUUGUCAAAUGUGCAAAACAAAUUAUCGUCACAGUUUAUUUAUUGGUUAGUGUAUACUUAUGUUAUUUAAAUGCAUGUUAUUUUUGGGUCUUUCAAUGGCAUUUAUGAGAAAUUGACCAUGGUCAAUUUUGGUUUAUAAAAUCUGUAUCAAUGUACUGUACAAACCUUAUUGUUGUGUUGUCACUUGUAAUCCAUGCUUUUAUAUGGUUUGGAAAAGCUUGAAACAGACUACAACUUUUAGUUAUUUAUUUUGAAUUAUGCAAAGAGCAUAAUUUAAUUGGAGACAUUCAAGUCAAAAUGAUUCAUAGCUGUUUGGACUUUUGUGAAGGUGUACACAGGGAUAUACUAAUGUAGCACUUUGACAUCUCUCAAAGACCAUAUACAACUAUCAAAUAUAUGGGAACAGGACAAUAAUAUGAUCAGUAAAUCAUAUUUUAUGGAGCUUCAUUUCAAAUAAAUAUGUCAUACUAAAAAUACAUAACAUAAAACUGGGGACAACAUUGGUAUUGCUGAGUUGGACAGGGAAAUUAUUUCAAGUAUAUAUUUACACAAACAUUCCAUUCUCUUAUGACAACUUCCAGUAAAUACAUUAAGAGAUUGUUUGUACAGAUAAGAACAUUAUUGUGUGACACAAUUAUUGAAGUGUGAAGUGCAAUAGUAACAGGAAAUGCAAAACAACCCUUUGAAGGUUUUAAUGAAAGUUACACAAGGUCAAAAUAUCACUAUGUCAUACUCUUGAGAGCCACAUCAGGCAUUUGAGUUUGGACAAUCAAGCAAGCCUAUGGUUCAUAUCAGUGCCAAGUUAAAGAAUGACUGAUCAGCCUGAGACAUUGGGAGAAAAGUAUAAGUCUGAAAAUCUGUAAAUAACUUUGAACCCCUCAUAUGAAAUAACUUACAAGGAAGGCCAUUGAACGGAAUGCUCCAGAUUUGUAUUGCUACAACUGUAUUAAAACGUUAGGGACAGCCUUUACAAUGAAAUACAAAUAUUCCUAAAUUCCCUCACCAUAAAAGGAGUGGGUAGCCCUGCAUGUAUCCCUGUCCUCUUCUAAGCUUGAGCCGUGCGUCUAUUCAUCCAACACUACUUGAUUUGUGAUUCUGCGCCUGACUGAAACACUAUGUAAUAAUGUUACCUCACCUCAAUGGCAAACAAAGUGUAUCCAGCUGUCAGGCAAUCAGUGCUACUGUAUGGACUAUACAGUAUCAGUGCCAAAGCAUUUAAGGGAAGGCAAGAUAGUGACAUUGCAUCCAAUUGAGUAAUUCUGCUGUGUUUAUGAUUUUCAGUAUUUAUUAUGAAUGAUAUAUUGAAAUGUGUAUUUGUGGUUUACUUAUGUCUGUAUUGAAUAAAAACAUUUGUCAAAAAUGUUGCUUGUUUCAUGAUGGUUGUGAAUUGUACAGCUCCAUGUGCCUGAUUUCAUUAUAUUGCUUACUAUGUUUGAUUAUGUGAAACAGAAUACUUUUUGUACAAAAUGGUAUAAAUGUUUCAAUGUGUUUUGGUUUCUUAACGAUAGAAAAAGCCAAAAUUUUAUGCAAUUUUUUGUUGUGUUUUUGCUUUUUAACAAUACAUGACUUUUAAAUAAAAUGAAACCAUGUGUUGCUUUUCUUUAUAUGUUUAAUGAUGUUAGCUUGAACAACUUAUUUAGAAAAGGGUACACUAACAGCCCAGUAAGGAUGCGUCAAGGAUGAAUUCCUUUUCACAGCGCCCUCUACUGUUGAACAUUAGAAAUGGUGCUCUGCACCAACUGAAGAAUGGCACUCAUGCCAUUUAGCACAGGUGUCAAACUCAUUCCACGGAGGGCCUAGUGCCUGCGGGUUUUCACUCCCUUGUACUUGAUUUAUGA